AUUUCACCAAGCAAUAAACUUACGUCGACGUGUAACCCAUACUCCCACCCGAUUGUUUCUUUGUUUACACAACCCUACAUAAUAUACAUAUUAUCAACUCCGAAUCUCAAACACACACACAUCUUUCUUCAGAAAAACCUUUUGCUUCUCCCAAGAAUCUGAAUCUGCUUCACUUUUGUUAGAUCGUGAUGAACAUCAUCGACGAUACGACGUCUCCAAUGGCCCACCCGGUCGAUCCAUCUCAACCCCCUUCCGACCAAACCCAACAAGAUCCAAGUUCGCCCAAUGAAGCUUCUUCUGUUACCGACAAGAAAGAAGAUCAAGCUUUGCCCGAAGAGAAACCGAAGCAGAAUCAAGAAGAAGAGAGAGUUGACGUCACUGGGAGAGAAAAGCUAAAGAAGCACCGGAGAGAGGUCGCCGGAAAUGUUUGGAUACCGGACAUAUGGGGACAAGAAGAUCUUCUUAAGGAUUGGAUCGACUGCUCAACGUUUGACACGUGUCUAGUCCCUGCCGGAAUCUCGUCGGCACGUGCAGCUCUCGUAGAGGGAGCUAGGCGAGCUGCUUCAGCUUCUCGUGGGUUACAUAAUCGUUGCUUGAUCUCACGCUGAAUUUUUAUAUAAAUAUCAUAUAUAAAUGUGGUUCUUGUUCCUCAAAAAAUUAUGUAAGACGCUAUUGUUAUAUUGUUGAUAUAUAGAGUCUUCUUUUUUUUUU